UCUAACCCUCAAAUUCAAAACACAAUCUUCUUUGUUUUCUUCUCUGAAAUUUGUAACUUUCAUCUUCUUUUCAGUUCUUCGUAAUGGAAACCAGCAGCGCGCUUCAAUACAUCGAACGAUAUUUACUCGAUGAAUUUUCUCCGGCGGAACUGAAGAGUUUUUCACCUGAAAAUCAAUGGAAAAAUGCAUCAAAAUCUGAGGUUUCCACCUCUCAAUCUCAGUCUUUCUACUCUCAAACUUCCAGCUCCGGUUCCUGUGUUACGGUAUCCAAUUUUAAUUCCGUCGACGGUGAUGAUUUCUUUAACUUCUCUCCCAAAUUCUCAGGCUUCGAAUUUGAAUCGAGACCUCAAUCGGUCGAUCUCACAACGCCUAAGCCCUUCUCUCCCAAUGCCAAUGCCUUCGGCUUUGAAGUUAAACCUCUAAUCGCUAAAAUUUCUGCUGUGAAACCUCAAGCUUCUUCGAAUUCGAGUUCCAAUUCUCAGAAUCGUAAACCGUCGCUGAAAAUCUCGUUACCGCAUAAAGUGGAGUGGAUUCAUUUCGGUAAACCGAAUUUAACCAACGCAGAGCCGGAGAAUUUUAAUAGCGAAGAAAAAAGUAAGCAUUACAGAGGAGUCCGACAACGGCCGUGGGGGAAGUUCGCAGCUGAGAUCCGAGAUCCGACCCGAAAAAGUGCACGGGUCUGGUUGGGAACCUUUGAUACCGACAUAGAAGCUGCCAAGGCUUACGACCGAGCCGCUUUUAAGCUACGUGGAUCUAAAGCGAUUCUUAACUUCCCUCUCGAAGCUGGGAGGUUGAAUGUAACCGCCGUCGACGGAGAGAGGAAACGGAGCAGAGAAGACGACGGCGCGAGGGAAGAGAGUCAAGUAAAGACCGUGAAGAAAGAAAACGACGACGACGUGACGAAAGCAAGAGAUAACGGUGAUGCGCCUUUGACGCCGUCAAAUUGGGCGUCAUUUUUGGAUUUGGAUAAUGACGCUAAGGGGAUUUUUAACAUGGCACUGUUAUCGCCGUUAUCUCCACACCCGCCGUUUGGCUUUCCCCAACUUAUGGUCAUCUAAAUAAUGAUGAGAAUGUACAUAAAUAGUUCCAUGAGUUUAUUAUCUAUAAAAUUGCUUUUGUGGCUCAUCUUAA